AUGCCCUUCUUCUCCUCACUUCUGCCCGCCAUCAUCAUCCAUCACCGCUCUUCCUCUCCGUCAUCCCACAGCAUCCACCAAAGCAGCAAGCGCAAGCACAAGCAUAAUCCAACAAAAAUACAGCACAGCCGGGGAACAUCCCGUCCACGUGUUGCCGCGCUCACAUUGGGCGCCUGGAAACCCGGUGUGAUGAGCUCUGCUCUGUGGCCUCUGGAUGCAGAUGCAGCUGCAGCUUCUCAAGCACGCAUGCAGCCCGUCCAGCCGCCUCUUCGUCUCCCCGCCCGCUUCUCAUACCCGGUCAUGGUCAUGGUGAUGGAAUAG